GUGUGUGUGUGUGUGUGUGUGUGUACUCGCAUAGGUCACAUUUAAGGACAUUUUCCUGAGUACACACCAGUUAACUGGGGACCUCUUGGCAAAUGGGGACCAAAAACCACGUCCUCAUUUGUUUAGCUAUACUAUCAUGUUCAGUAUGCUAAAAAACAUCACUGGCCAAAAAAUUUCACGUGUCCCGAAAAAUGACAAAGACCUGAUUUGUGUACCAAAAGUGUGUGUGCCUCCCCCCCAGAGUGUGUAAAACGCAGCGCCCCAACAGGAAUUCAUGUGAACUGCACUUCCUUACUCUACGCACACAUUUUGAUCAGGUGAUCCAAACAAACCAAUGAAAAUCUACUUUUUUGAUGUGGAUGAUCUAAACCAAUGAAAUUUUACUUUUGUACUGGAGGAAGCUUUAGGCUAAUAUUUAGCAUAACGUAAAUAUAUACAGUAUAUUUACACAUUGCUAGCAUGCCCUGGUAAUAUUAUUUCUAUCACGCAGUAAAAGUACAUCAGUAUAUAUAACAGUUUAAUAUAACUGUAGCAUGCCAACCAUAAACAUUCUGAUAAAGUACAAAAAUAAGGAACAGUAUUAGCAAAUUUACCUACGCCGAUUUAUACUUAUUUGUAAUGUUAGCAAUCACUACCAUGUAGUCUUCUUAGCAAACCACAUUCAGAUAAAACAGAAAAUUAAAAGCAACAUAUAGCAAAUAUGACUCUAAUAAUUCCAUGUAACAGGUCACCACGCAUACAUAGUAAGUGUAAGAAAGUAAGAGUAAGAAAAAUAAGGAGCACUAUAUAACAAAUACGACUAUGCUAAUUCCAUACAUCAGGUUGCUAGAACCGCUAACAUGUAGCGUGCUUGGCAAACUACAUUCUGAUAUAUUAUAAAAUAAGGAGCAAUAUAUGGCUAAUAUUAAUAUGCUAAUUCCAUGUAUCAAGCCACUAUAUAUAACGCUAGCAUGUAUUAUGCGUACUAAACAUUCUGAAAGCAAAAUAAAUGUUUAUAAUACUACCUGUUUUAAGUGGAAGUCCUAUAAUUUUAAAUAGUUCUUUCGGCCGUCAUAUAUAUUACAUGUGCAAUAACAAGCGCGGAGGAAUAUUUAUGUCACACUGCGCAGUUAACAAGUGGACUAAGUGGAUUUUGCGGCUAUAAUUUGGAAAGACGUCACUUUCGCGGGGAAACAUCGGAGGAAGGAUUUCGCGCCAACAGAAUGAACUCCAUUAGGAGAAAAAGAUGUCAUCCAUUGCAGGAUGUCAAGUUGCAUAUCAGAUUAAAGUCUGAUAAGGCUGUGAUUGAAGAGCGUUAUAUUAAUGUUUAUAAAGGAAGAGGAGUGUUCAGCACGGUGGACAUUUGCAAAGGAGAUUUUGUAGUAGAAUAUAGGGGUGAACUGUUGUCGGAGAAAGAGAGUUUUGAACGAAAGAAUGGAUAUAGUGAGGCUAAAAGUGUUUUUCUCUAUGAUUUCCAAUGGAAAGGGAAGAACUGGUGUAUAGACGCAUCUCAAGAGGACAAGUCUUUAGGGAGGCUUGUCAAUGAUGAGCACAGGAAUCCAAACUGUCGAAUGAAAGUAGUAGAUGUUGAAGGAAGUCCACAUCUUUGUCUCUUUGCUGUUAGAGACAUUUUGUCAGGAGAAGAGAUUAAUUAUAAUUAUGGAGAUUCAGAUUGGCCUUGGAGAAGACAGGUGGCUGUAUCAUCCCCACCAAAAGAGAAAAGUGUCCAGAAUGACAGCCAGAUACCCCAGUUGGAGUCUGGCUACAUAGAGGCAAUGGAUGACUCGCACGCCAAAAAAAAUAAGUCGCUAAUGGACAAACAAAUGACCCAGGCUAGUGACAGUUUUGGUGAAGUUAUGACUGCGGAGAGAAAACGGAAGACCUCUGUGGUGGCUGUAUCAUCCCCACCAAAAGAGAAAAGUGUCCAGAAUGACAGCCAGAUACCCCAGUUGGAGUCUGGCUACAUAGAGGCAAUGGAUGACUCGCACGCCAAAAAAAAUAAGUCGCUAAUGGACAAACAAAUGACCCAGACUAGUGACAGUUUUGGUGAAGUUAUGACUGCGGAGAGAAAACGGAAGUCCUUUAUGGCACGAUUACAGAAACUGAAAAGGCACCAUAGCAAAUGUCUAGAACACUAUGUGAUGGAAGACAAUGAACGAAGGAGACUUGAAAAAGAACGGACCUUGCUAUUGUGUAAAGUUAGUCAGAUUAAUGAAAAGCUUGAAUCUGGAUCUGGAUUACCUUCUGCCUCUGAUGAAUUUGGUCACCUAUCAGCUGAUCAAGUGGAGGAGACUGUGAUGAACACUUACAGUUCAUCAGAUGUUUCUGAAUACACUGACUAUAGUGAUGUAGACUAUGUGCCAGAUAGCGACGGAAGUCAUUUGAAAUGUAUAUUCUUAUGUCUUGUUUAAUGAAAGAUGCCAAUUUAUACCUGUGUGUAUAUAUGUAUACCUACAUAUGUACAUAUAGGAUGGAAAAAACAAUAAAUAAAAGUUCUUGUUAGUUACAA